AUGUUUAGGAAGGAGGAAGUGGCCUUCACCUCAGAGAGGAAAUAUCAAGGAAGGAGCUACGUAGUGUUGGAGAAUAUCUUUUUGUCUAUUGUUCUCAUGUUGCCUAUUUUCUUUUUUAAUGUUGCAGUGUGCAAAGAUCCACCUUACAAGGUAGAAGAAUCUGGGUAUGCUGGUUUCAUUUUGCCAAUUGAGGUUUAUUUUAAAAACAAGGAAGAACCUAGGAAAGUCCGCUUUGAUUAUGACUUAUUCCUGCAUCUUGAAGGCCACCCACCAGUGAAUCACCUCCGCUGUGAAAAGCUAACUUUCAAUAACCCCACAGAGGACUUCAGGAGAAAGUUGCUGAAGGCAGGAGGAGACCCUAACAGGAGUGUCCACACCACCAGCAGCAGCAGCAGCAGCGGCAGCAGCGGGAGUAGCAGCAGCAGCAGCAGCAGUAGCAGCAGCGGCGGCAGCAGCAGCAGCAGUGGCAGCAGCAGCAGCAGCAGCAGUAGCAGCAGUAGCAGCAGUGGCAGCGGCAGCAGCAGCAGUUUCUCGAAGCCUCACAAGUUAACGAAGGAGCACAAGGAAAAACCUUCUAAAGACUCCAGAGAACAUAAAAGUGCCUUCAAAGAACCUUCCAGGGAUCACACCAAACCUUCCAAAGAAUCCUCUAAGAAACCCAAAGAGAAUAAACCCCUGAAAGAAGAGAAGAUCGUUCCUAAGAUGGCCUUCAAGGAACCCAAGCCCCUGUCAAAAGAGCCAAAACCCGACGGCAGCUUACUCACUAUCACCAGUGGACAAGAGAAGAAGGCUCCCAGCAAAAGGCCGCCCGUUUCCGAUUCCGAAGAACUCUCAGCCAAAAAAAGGAAAAAGAGUAGCUCGGAGGCUUUAUUUAAAAGUUUUUCUAGCGCACCGCCCCUGGUACUCACCUGUUCUGCUGACAAAAGACAGAUAAAAGAUAAGUCUCACGUCAAGAUGGGAAAGGUCAAGGUCGAAAGCGAGACACCGUCGGAGAAGAAGAAAUCGACUUUGCCGCCGUUUGAUGAUAUUGUGGAUCCCAAUGAUUCAGAUGUGGAGGAGAAUAUGUCCUCUAAAUCUGAUUCUGAACAACCCAGUCCUGCCAGUUCCAGCUCCAGUUCCAGCUCCAGCUUCACACCGUCCCAGACCAGGCAACAAGGUCCUUUAAGAUCUAUAAUGAAAGAUCUGCAUUCCGAUGACAACGAGGAGGAAUCGGAUGAGGCAGAGGAUAAUGACAAUGACUCUGAAAUGGAGAGACCUGUAAAUAGAGGAGGCAGCCGCAGUCGCAGAGUUAGCUUAAGUGAUGGCAGCGAUAGUGAAAGCAGUUCUGCUUCUUCACCCCUCCACCACGAACCUCCACCACCCUUAUUAAAAACCAACAACAACCAGAUUCUUGAAGUGAAAAGUCCAAUAAAGCAAAGCAAAUCAGAUAAGCAAAUAAAGAAUGGUGAAUGUGACAAGGCAUACCUAGAUGAACUGGUAGAGCUUCACAGAAGGUUAAUGACGCUGAGGGAAAGACACAUACUGCAGCAGAUUGUGAACCUUAUAGAAGAAACUGGACACUUUCAUAUCACAAACACAACGUUUGAUUUUGAUCUUUGCUCGCUGGACAAAACCACAGUCCGUAAACUACAGAGUUACCUGGAAACAUCUGGAACAUCCUGAGGAUACAACAACUGGAUGCAUCAAAAACUAUUUUUUGGUUGUGAUUUUUUUGUUGUCGUUGUUUAUAUGAAAACACUCAGAAUGAUGCAACCAAAAGGGAAAAAAUAAAAAUCAAACAACCUUCAGCUUUAUUUUUCUUUAAAGCCAGUCAUCAUCUCUUGAUAAAGGAGAGGUUAAGCAAACCAGCCUCAGCGGACCACUCUUCUCUCCAAGGAAAUCCCCGGGAAGAGUUAGCCUGGAUAGCCUUGAAAACAAACAAAUCAAACACAACACAAGAAAACUUAAAGAAUGUGUUAUGGUAUCAUGUAUCUCUCUCUGUGGUGGUUCAUUCCACAGGACGAAUGCAUAUUCAACACACUGCCUUAUUACAUAACUGAUCUAUUUAUUAUCGCAUACAGAUAUCCUAAAGUCGUUGAGGGAAUGACACCACCAGACAUUAGAAGCACUUGGUCCCAUGGAUGCUCUUUCAAUGCAGCGCCCUUGCCGUCCCAAGCCCAGUGACCUUACUUGUAUACCGUGCCACUCUCCACCAACUUUUUCCAAGUCCUUUAACCUGUUGCAGUCUGUAUUUUCCACCUUUUGUUUUUCCAGUUCCGGGACACAAAUUAUCAACUCGGGGGACCAAAUAGCCACCUUGGUUUUCUAUUUUGUGGUCUUUUUCCUGAAAGUUGGGGCCCAGUCCUUGGCUGUAUCCAUGUAAUGAUCUCGGACCAUGGUAGAAAAUGCACCAAAUAGGAUCAUAUGAAUUGCUGUCUAGCCUUAGUCAAUAAACCUGUAGGACUUUUAAACAAAAGUGUAUCUGUAAACGUCCUGAAUCCAGCAUUGUUGAGCUGUCAUCAACAUUCUCGUGUCUGUUUUACUGUUAUAAUAUUAGGUAAAUAUGGAAGUAAAGGCAUUCCGCAGGAUCACCAUUAAAAACAAGAAAAAGAAUCCUGGUCCUGUUUUCUAAAAAAAGUUGUAGAAAUUCUUAAUUUGGAUCUAUUUAUUAGUAAGAGUUUCAGCUUUCUUCAGCUGCCAGUAUGUUUCUUUUUUUUUUUUUUAACCAUAAAAACCUGGAAUAAGAGAUUUUUGUUUGUUCACAUAUGAUUCUCUUAGACUCUUUUAUAAUUGAAAAAUUAAAAUCUUUCUUCGGGGGAAAAUUCUUGGUUAUUCUACCAUAAGAAAGUAUGUAUUAACUUGUAGAUUCAGUGGUUCGUUACCUGCUUAGUCGCUUGCUAAUGUUUCCAGAAGGAUUUCUUGUGUUGGUGAAAGAUGGUUGGGAAGGGGGGGAUAUUUUGUUCUUGUUGUACCCUUGUUUUGAAACUAGAAAUCUGUCCUGUGGCAUGCAAAAGAAAGCAAAUUAUUUUUAAAAGAAAAACCAAAGUAC